CUUCCGGUUUGAAUAUCUUGUAAACACAAAACAAAGCCGGAAACGCAGAUAAACUCCUCGCUAUCGAAACCUGUGUCAUCACCUGUUACACGCGCCGUGGCGUUGAUCGGCAGUGUGUUUUUUACUCCGUCGUGCGUGAGUUGCGUGUUCUCCGUCGAGCUCGUCGGGGAAUGAGUACAAAGUGUCGGCUAACAGCGAGCUAGGCUAACGGCAGGCUAUCCCGUUAGCUCAGCCCCGGUGUGUCGUUCCAACAGUCCCGCGGAGCGGACUCUCUCAUGGUGGUCUCAGUUCGAUGGGGAACUGUCUGUUUUCGCAAGGCGCGGAUGAUCUGUCGCUGCUGAAUGAGUCCGAGGGGGGCAGCCUGCCCGGGGAACCCCCUCCGCCCUACCAGGAGCACGCUCAGCCAGUGCCAGUGUACCAUCCCAACCCGGGCGAGAGUCGUCUGGCCAGCCAGUUGACUGAGGAGGAGCAGAUCCGUAUCGCCCAGCGCAUCGGGCUCAUCCAGCACCUUCCCAGAGGCGUCUUCGACCCAGGCUCCGACUCCUCUGACAAGAAAGUUAAAGAAUGUGUGAUUUGCAUGAUGGAUUUCGAUUACGGCGACCCCAUCCGAUUCCUGCCCUGCCUUCACAUCUACCACCUGGAUUGCAUCGACCCCUGGCUGAUGCGCUCCUUCACCUGCCCUUCCUGUAUGGAGCCCGUCGACGCAGCCCUGCUGUCCACAUAUGAAACCAACUGAGCGUUUCCUGCCCCGUGGCUCCACUACGUUAACCGCACCUUUAUCGCCUGAGCUGUCCUGGCUGUUUGAACCGUUAGCUAAGAUGAGGUGACAUUAUGCAGAUGUUUCUGGGGGUGUGUGAGGGGUGCAGACAGAUGUUCACAGCUGUGCCCUGCAGCACGUUACCCGAGUCUGAUAUGCACUUUUUUGGGGGGCUUUGGAAAGUCUUUGCCUUUUUGCAGGAGGACAAUGUGCCAAAUCCAGCUAGAUGAGGAAGAUGUUCAAGUAGCAAAAUAUUACUGCAAAGUAAUGUCACUUUUUGUACAAUUUACAGUCCUGGUUUCUAUGCGAAUCGAUGUAAUCUGCUUUCCUCUUCAACAAGUAAUGUGCAAUUUCUUAAAAUGGUCACAUAGAAGCAGGAACUUUGUCUGGACCCGGUGAGCAUCACUACCUGCUACAGGUUCCCAGAAAAUGAUGAGUGAAGUGAACUUGUGGUCUCGAAUGUCACUGAAACACUUGCCUCCUACUGAAAUUAUGUCUUGAAAAUGCAGACCCUCGUAUCCGUUUUCCUGAACAAAAAUAUGCAUGGAGGUCAACCUGAGUGUCAUCUCUCUUUUUGAGGAUAUUUUGAAGAUUGCUUCUGUUGUUUUACUACAUGAGUUGAGACAGAAUUAGAUACCUGACAGAUGAGAUUUUUGGUUUGUUUGUACGUGUUCUACUCUUUCCUUUUGAAGCUGCUUUUAUAAAUGUUUGUGUUUUUGUCCUUUCACUCUGGAAUCCUCUCCUUUGUUCUGUUUUUUUUUUUUUUUUUUUUUUGGUUUUGUGCUGUUUGUUGUGUUCAAGUCCUCAGUACAUAAUUUUUAUCACUUCAUGUUAUUAACAUUGACAAAGCUGCAUUAUGCCGUGCAAUCCGCCUCUGAAGCACCUUUGGGAUACCCCUCAUCUGAAAAUGCGUAACUUCUAGAUUUAGUUUGUAUGCGUGUGUUUCGAGGGGGUGGUGAGUAGAGACUGGCACAUCAACGUAACCUUUUCACUCAAGCCCAUCUGUUUCACACUUUAUUGUAGUCACCUUCUUUUUCUAGUUUGGAGUUGUUUGGUUUUCUUUUCAUGCUGCAAGUAAUGCAUUUCCUAAACUCCUGGAUCUGCUCUGGUGUUGGAUAUCCUCUCUGAUAUUGACUGCGUCGAUGUAUCGCACAACAUCAGAUGGCAAAAGCUGCAGCGGUAUGAAGGAAUGUAUCUCGAAUGUAUAGAAUGAAUUCAGCUGUUAAAUAUUUGGACAGUUUAAGUGAUUACGAGAGGACAUUUCUGAUUUACUGUGCUCUUACUGUGCCUUUCAAGGUUGAGGUAAGCCAAUUCCUGUGAAGUACAAUCAUUUCUGACAUUACCUUGGUUUUUUUUCUUUAGUUGUCCUCUAGGAGGAGACAGAUACCAGCACUGUACCGAUGAGCAUCACUCAGAAACAGAUCUAGGAUAAAGCCAGACUUUCAAUCUGGCUGCUGUUAACAAUCAGCAACAAUCAUUUUUUGUCUCUUAAUUUAUAGUGUGUGCUGCCAGUGCACAGGUUUUAGUGAUUGCAGAGAACCACAAUAAAAAGUGGAUACCAAAUCU